GUGUCUCGCUGAAACGCUGCAGAGUGAAGCUCCCAAUAUCGGCCAUCGAUUUGUGAUUGACCGCGGUCUGGACACGGAUCUGCGGGUCACUAGCGAGACCCGGGACCUAAUUACCGCACUUCAACCCAAAAAGCCGUACACAGCGUGAUGAGAAGUGCGUGUAUUUUGCUUUUUAGCGUUUGACAGCUCACUCGUGUUGUUGUGGUGGUGGUGGUGAUGGAGGUGGAGGCUGCUUCGUGCCCGCUGCGGAUCUCCGCCACUGUCCGGGCUUUGGGCGCUGCAUUGCGGGGAAAUCAGGAGCAUGGACCGGGCAAGGGCCGAGCGAACGACGGGGAGAGGCUGUUUCCCGACCCGGAGAAGCUGUGGUUCAAGGAGAGCAGCGCGAAAAACCUCCGCAACCGGGACUUUCUGUCACCCAGCACCAUGCUCAACACGCUGUUCGUGGAAGGACAGGUCCCACAGAGCGUCCUGUCUCGUGUGCUGUCCCUCCACGGCUCGGGGGUGCUCCCGGUCUCUGAGGGGGGCGUGGUGGGGGAGGGGCUGAGGGUCAGGGUGGACCGGCCGGCUGCGUUCAGGUCCGUUCUGGGGCAACACGGGGGCCUGGAGGGGUAUCUCAAAGCGUCCACCCAAAGAGAAGCCAGCGUGGUGAUCAACUGCCCCGCCCUGCACACCAAAACAAACGCGCCCACCGCCCAGUCGCUCACUCUGGGACAGCUGCGCACCGUCCUGCUCGCCGACCACAUGGGGGCGCUGCUCAGAAGACAAGGUUUUUCAGUUUCGUUUUGCCCCAAACUUGCCAAAGACAGUGACUUCAUCUGCUUCCUGGAAACGCUGGGAGUCGACUGGCCGACGGUCCCUGCGAGCUGGACUAAUGAAAACGGAGAGCAGAGAAUGAGAGAGGAGCUGGAGAAGUGUCCGUAUCGAGAAGACGAAUCCGAGAAAGGCAGAAGAGCGAGCGGGGGGAGGAGAGCGAGUGACGAGGGCGAUGGGGCAAUCAGGGUAAACCUCACCAGGGUGGUCCAGGAGCAAGGCCUGAUGGGAUACGACCCCAGCAUAGGCACGUGUACAGUUCAACAGGAGAAUGUUGCCCAUCUGACUCAGCUGGAACUGGCUGCAUCUGACUGCACUGUUUCCCCGACGACGGUGAUCCACGUCACUUCCUGUCAGGACGAGUUCAGGCAGCAGCAGGUCGCUAUGUUGUGGAGGGCGAGCGGAGCAGCACACACGCAGAGAUUCCUGGUGUGUGGCCCAGUGAAGACUCCAGGAUCUCAGCUCACAGCCGCUCAAUAUUUACAAUUAAGAAGAGACCAGAUGAAGGAGGCGUCAGAGAUGAAGUAUGGAGACCAAGUAGAAGGUCAAAGUUGGGAUGAUAUCAUCAGGGUCAUGACCUCUGCCACAGUCCGCUUCGAGCUUCUGUCGACAGUCCACACCAGCCCAGUGACUCUGGACGUUCACAGAGAGGGCUCCGUCUCCACCAAAGGCCCCAGAGGAGGAGUGUUCGUCAUGUACAACUGUGCCAGGCUCCACACUCUCUUCGACAGCUACGAGAGAGGAGUCGAGAAAGGUUUGUAUCCAGAAAUCCCAGAAGGCUCGCAGCUGGACUUCUCCGCUCUGAAAGAAGAGGGCGAGUGGCUGCUCCUGUUCAAUUACCUCAUUCCCUUCUCUGAGCUGCUCGACCAAUCGGGACAGGCGGUGGACUGCGAAGGGGGCGGGGCCAGGCUCAACAUCAAAACAGAACAGAUGUGUAAAUUCCUCGUUUCUCUGAGUAAAGAUUUCAGCUCUUACUACAACAGAGUUCAUGUACUUGGGGAGCCCUUGCCUCACCUGUUUAACCAAAUGUUCUGCCGUCUGUAUUUAUUGAGCGCUUUGAGAGAGCUGUACCACACUGCUUUGGAGACACUGAACCUGCCUCCGGUCAGACAGCUAUAGCAUCCAAACCACAAUAAGAAGGACAUUAGACACAAGGGAGAAGGCUUUAACACCACGAGAACAAAUAAUACUACACUUAAAGGUACACUAUGUAACUUUUCUGGUGGAGAGUCUGCCACCUGCUUGUCUCCAUGGAGUUAUUUUCUGAUCUACAGUGUGUUGUAAUAAUGUUGUUUCCUCACAAACAGACCUGGAGUUGUGUUUUGUUUCAUUCACACAUAUUUAACAAACAAACCCUGCAUUUUUAGGGCGAGUUCUUCUCUCAAGACUGAAAACACUCUGUUCCACCUUGUGAUGUCAUGUGAUAAUACAGGAAGUGCUCCGUUGUGUUCUUAAACUUGAUACACCUUCAUUAGAAUCUAGUGUCGUAGGACUCGAGACUGAUCUUGGUCUUGAGACUGGCUCAAGGUCAUUUUUGCGGCCUUGGUCUCAUCUCGGUCUGACCGCAUUUGGACUCGGUCUUGUCUCGGUCUUGAAGGUGUUUGGACUCACUCUUGUCUCGAUCUUGAAGGUGUUUGGACUCGGUCUUGUCUCGAUCUUGAAGGUGUUUGGACUCGGUCUUGUCUCGAUCUUGAAAGUGUUUGGACUCGGUCUUGUCUCGAUCUUGAAAGUGUUUGGACUCAGUCUUGUCUCGAUCUUGAAGGUGUUUGGACUCGGUCUUGUCUCGAUCUUGAAGGUGUUUGGACUCGGUCUUGUCUCGAUCUUGAAGGUGUUUGGACUCGGUCUUGUCUCGAUCUUGAAGUGUUUGGACUCAGUCUUGUCUCGAUCUUGAAGGUGUUUGGACUCGGUCUUGUCUCGAUCUUGAAGGUGUUUGGACUCGGUCUUGUCUCGAUCUUGAAGGUGUUUGGACUCGGUCUUGUCUCGAUCUUGAAGGUGUUUGGACUCGGUCUUGUCUCAGUCUUG